AUUUGCUCUAUAUAUUAUAAUAACACUGUUCUUACUUAGGAGUAUUAUUUCUCAACAAUGUGUAUAGCUUUGUUUCUAUGGCAAUCUCAUCCACUCUAUCCUUUUCUUCUUUUAAACAACAGAGAUGAAUAUCACAAUAGGGCUACGAAGGAAGUAUCAUGGUGGGAAGAAUGUGAUAUAGUGGGAGGAAGGGAUGAAAUAGGAGGAGGGACAUGGUUGGCUUGUACUUCACAAGGAAGAGUGGCUUUUCUUACCAAUGUUUUGGAGCUUCAUAUUCACCAUGAGGCCAAAACUCGUGGAGACUUACCCCUCAUGUAUCUCAAGAGCAACAAGAAUCCGAAAGAAUUUGCAGAAAGCUUAAAAACAGAAGGUGAAUAUUACAAUGGAUUCAACUUAAUCGUUGCGGAUAUCACCUCCAAAUCCAUGGUGUACAUCUCCAACAGGCCCAAGGGAAAGCCCAUUACCAUUCAAGAGGUUCCUCCUGGGCUACAUGUUCUUUCAAACGCCAACUUAAAUUCACCAUGGCAUAAGGCUCAGCGGCUUCGAAUUAGAUUCAAAGAACAUCUUGAAGAAAAUGGAGAAGGUGAGAUAAAUGUGAAGGAAGUAAUUAAAAAGCUAAUGAAGGACAAAGUUAAAGCAGACAAAACCAUGCUACCUAACAUAUGCUCACUUGAUUGGGAGUUCAAUCUCAGUUCCAUUUUUGUUCAAGUAGAAACACCAUUGGGUUUAUAUGGCACUAGGAGUAGUGCUGCUAUAAUGGUUAGAUCAAGUGGGAAAGUAAGCUUUUAUGAACAUUAUCUUGAUGAUGACAACGUGUGGAAGGAGCAUGUUAUUGAUUUCAAUAUUCAGAAAAAGUAGACAAGAGUUAGGUCUAUGUUGAGCUCUUGAAUUAAUAAGACAUUGCUUGUUUUCUUGUGCUUAGUUGUCUUUCAUGUAUGAGGAAGGUAUCAUGUUAACUCAUCCUUUCUCUUCACAUUUAAAUAUUUCUAUCUGUAUUCAAUAAAUGUCUCAUGAAU